AUGAAUACUUUAGCAGAACUUCUACUGGUAGAGUUUAUACUGGCAGAAUUUCUACUGGUAGAGUUUAUACUGGCAGAACUUCUACUGGCAGAACUUCUACUGGUAGAGUUUAUACUGGCAGAACUUCUACUGUUUCCCUCAAAAUUGAAUACUUUAGCAGAACUUCUACUGGUAGAGUUUAUACUGGCAGAACUUCUACUGGUAGAGUUUAUACUGGCAGAACUUCUACUGGUAGAGUUUAUACUGGCAGAACUUCUACUGGUAGAGUUUAUACUGGCAGAACUUCUACUGGCAGAACUUCUACUGGUAGAGUUUAUACUGGCAGAACUUCUACUGUUUCCCUCAAAAUUGAAUACUUUAGCAGAACUUCUACUGGUAGAGUUUAUACUGGCAGAACUUCUACUGGUAGAGUUUAUACUGGCAGAACUUCUACUGGUAGAGUUUAUACUGGCAGAACUUCUACUAGUAAAGUUUCUACUGGUAGAACUUCUACUGGCAGAAUUUCUACUGGUUAUAUAUGGUGUCAAUUUUUUAAAAAAUUUUGAAUUCAAUGAGUUAUAUCAAAAAUAA